AUGAGUGGUGAUCUGGAUAUCAAAGCAGAUAUGGGCACCGAGACGAAGCAGGUCGAAACGGCCGAGGGCGCGUCUCAAGAGUUGGUGUACGACAAGGCCGCCGAGGGCCGCCUCCGCAGGAAGAUCGACCUCAUGAUCCUGCCCACAGUCUGCAUACUCUAUCUAUGUUGCUUCAUCGACCGUGCUAAUAUCGGAAACGCGCGCAUUGCUGGCAUGGAGAAGGACCUUGGAAUGGUGGGCUACGACUACAACGCCGCCCUCUCCAUGUUCUAUGCCUCGUACAUAACCUUUGAGCUACCCGCCAAUAUCCUCUGCAAGAUCGUCGGGCCUGGCUGGUUCCUACCGCUUCUGACCGUCCUUUUCGGUGCCUGUUCUCUCGCUUGCGGCUACGUCACCACCGGGCCUCAGAUGUUUGCCGUGCGCUUCCUCUUGGGCGUCUUCGAAGCCGGGAUGCUCCCUGGCGUCGCGUACUAUCUCUCCAGGUGGUACCGCCGUUCCGAGCUCACAGUGCGCCUGGGUGCCUAUUCGAUAACGGGGCCAUUGGCCGGUGCGUUUGGAGCGCUCAUGGCUUCGGGUAUUCUCAAAUUGGAUUCCUUUGCUGGUGUCAGCAGCUGGCGCAUGAUCUUUGUCAUCGAAGGUGUCGCCACCAUUGUCCUUGGGCUAAUCGGCUUCGCAACUCUGACUGACCGGCCCGAGACUGCGCGCUGGCUCACUGCGGAACAGAAACAUCUUGCUGAGGAACGAGUUCGCUCAGAGCGUGUCGGCCAGACCAAAGUACUGGACAAGAUCGAUAAGAAAAAACUUCUCCUCGGUAUUAGGAAUCCCAUUACCAUGAGCACUGCCGUGAUUUUUCUCUUCUGCAACAUCACAGUCCAAGGUCUCACCAUCUUCAUGCCAACCAUCAUCAAGAGCAUCUAUGCCAACUACACUGUCAUCCAGCAGCAGUUGUACACUGUUCCCCCCUAUGCAUUUGGGUUGGUUGUUACGUUUCUCGUCCCGAUGUUCGCCUCGAUAUAUGACCGUCGACAAAUCUUCAUCAUCAUGUCGGCUCCCCUGGGCAUUGCCGGAUACAUAAUCUUCCUGGCUACCAAGAAUACUACUGCACGCUAUGCCGCCACGUUCCUUAUUGCCUCGUCCUCCUUCUCCCUGGGUGCUCUUACCAACGCCCAGGUGUCAGCUAAUGUCGUUUCCGACACGGCGCGGUCCUCAGCCAUAGGGUUCAACGUCAUGCUGGGGAACAUUGGCGGACUCAUCUCCACCUGGUCCUUCUUGCCAUUUGACGGGCCAAACUACCCUAUUGGAAAUGGGCUGAACUUGGCCACACAGACUGGCACGUUGAUUGUGGCGAGUGUCAUGCUGCUGUGGAUGAGGAGAGACAAUGUGAAGAAGGCGAGGGCAGAGGAGGAGGAGCUGGAGAAGAUACAAGGUUUGUCUGCGGAGGAGCAAGAGGACCUGGAUUGGAAGCAUCCUUCAUUCCGAUGGAGGGAGUAG